AGGAAAGAAAGAAAGAAACAAGAAGAAACGGGAAAAAGCACAGAGUCACCAGCCUCUUUUCAACCGACUCAAGAUUCCUGCUUGUCAGAAAGCCCAAAACAAGCCAGAGCUGUACUAGUGAUGGUGGUGAUAGUAGGAGUGAACUUCGAAUUGGGCCAACAUCUGGUGGCUACUACUCCGCCGGUCACAUGUCCACUGCCAGCCUCCGCCUUUUGUUGUUCUGAUACUUUUUAUCUUUAUCUUUGUUUCAAUUGCUGCAUGUUUUACUCUGGGGUACAGAUAGGGUUAUUGCAGAGACUUUUUUCUAGCUUCUAUGCAUUCUUUGGGGAAGUGAUAUGUCUAUUACUGGCUCUUAGUGUCCGGCGGGGUGCCUCGGCUUCCCGAUGUCCAGCAUACAGCUCUGUACCUAGAGUAUAGAGGAUAUGGUCACCUCAAGAAAGUCUUUAUCUACGAGUAAGGCUAGCUGUACAAAAGAUCCUAAGGCUCUGUAGAUAUCACGUGAGCAUCAAUACAUACAACACGAUACGGAUACAGCAUGAGUAUUAAUC